GUCUUCACCAUUUCCAUUUUGUUGACAUUGGGCAUUUGAGUUGUAGAAUAACCUUGCUUUGUCCAUAUUCUCUCUCCAUAGGAUGUGAAGUUUAAAUAUUGAACUGUAAGAAUUUAUAAGCUAGCUCAGUCGCUCCGCAUUAAAAUGACAAAUGUGUUCGUAUUGGAAUACCACCUGUGUAUAAACCAUGAAUUUAAAUGAAGUUCUGUAGCAAUAUUAAUUAUAUUCAUUUUUGGUAACUAAAUCUUCUUCCAUUCAUGAUAAUGAAUUGUGCAGGGGACAUUUAACUUAGAAACAGCACUCAAUAUACACUACUCUACGCAAUUUAGUCUCUUAAUAACAAUUAGCUUCAUACUGCACCCAACCUGCUUAGGAUUUUGUUUUUCAAAACAUAAAAGCUGCAUCAAUAUUCCCAUUUUAGGAUCAUUUAAUGGUGGUAGAGUAUGAGGGAAAGGGGAAAAAAAUGUGAAAGGUAUCGAAGAUUGUGUUUGUUUUGAAUACAGAUCAAUGGUUAAGUGAUCGCUUUCAGCUGAGCGCGGAUUCCUAAUUUGUGCUUGGUGACUUGGUUCGGGGGACCUGUUGUUUAAACAAUUUACUUGAUAGUUUUGAACUUAAGACUAGCAUUUCAAGAUUACGCUCAUCAGUAUGGGUUUUCAUCGGCUCGAUGUAUAUACACUUACGGAUUAAGUGAAUAAGACAUCCAUCAACGGAUCUGAGACGUAUAGUGGAUGAAAUCGGAGAUAUAUUGCCAGAUGUGAUAACCUCUCAUUUGUAUCAACUGUUUAAUUUCAAGAGAAUUAAGAGAUUUGGAAUCAUGGAUUGGACCUAGUCAUGUUGCCAAAAAAAGCCAGGUGGUCUAAGACUGCCCGCAGUCUCCCUGAGAGUUCUCGACGCCCUCAGUUACAGCGGGAGUGGACCUUCCAUUCCAUUGACGCCGAGGACCUGACCAAUGCCGCAAUCCCCUACCGCUUACCACGCAUAGACACCCCCAGAGACUCUUUCUGUAGAUUUGAGCAUGAUCCAGAGAAUGUGUGGACUCGCCAUGGUUACCAAAACCAGAUCAAAAUCCCAGGGGAGCUGGGGCCCACUGUCCGGAUGCUGAAUCCUCCCCAGACGUACGCCCAGGCAGAGCGACAGAUGAACCUGGUGGUGCCCAAGUUCAAGAAUGCUGCCAUCACCCCAACCAUGCGGCCCGUCCACUGGACACCACCCCACAAAGACAUUGAUGAUGUUCAAGUAUAUAAAAGCAUGAUCUCAGCCGUGCGUAACAAGCACCUGGAGCUGGAGGGGAACCGCCCAGAGCCCACCCCCUCCCCCAUCUCCCGCUGCGAAUCUCCCGCCAAAUCUGUCAAGAGCAUCCACUGGAUGCUUGGCAGUAACAAGCACCCGUCCUUUGAUGUGAAGGGAAGAGGGCGUAAUCAAGGGCCUUACUCCAGAGAAUUCACCGUCAGAUGCACGGCCCCAAGCAACUGGAUGAGAAUGAAAUGGGGGAGGGCUAAUACAGUCUAUCACUGAUGACAUCACUUCCAGUAGCACUGAUGACAUCAGUGUCUGUUAUCAUCAUAUCAGUGCAAGUGCACUUAAAAAAUCUUUAUCAUGUGCUAUAUACAGAAGAAGGAUUUCAAAGCUACCUUGAAGAGUGUAGAGGAAGCAGAAUCAUUCAUCAAGGCUGUUAUUGGUGUAUCAGCUAUCAAGUUCAAGAGUUAUAUUUUUUACUUUUUAAAAUUGUUAUUUCUUCUUUUAAGGAUCUGUUACUUAUAUUUUUUUUUGGGGGGGGGGUUAUUUUUUUUAAAGACAAUUUUUUAUUACAUUGUUCAAUGUUUACCAGUAUUAAAGAUGACUUCAAAGGUAUCCUUUGAUCAAAGACAAACUACAAUGUCCUAGGAGAUGUUUACUUUAGAACAGAAAAUCAUGGAAAUUAUUCCCAAAUCAAACCAAUCUGAUUCAGCAGUAAAUGACUUCAAUUUGAGGAUUGUAAUUGCAAGGGAUAUUUCCUUGGUAUAAAGAUUUCCCACAGACUUGGACAUUUGUAGCUGCAGAAAUGGUGAAUAAGGUUUUUUUGUUUCAAUUACAUGUAGUCCAACUCAUUUGUCAGUGGACCAAGAAUUAUUUUGCACUUCAGAGCUUAGCAGGCCUUUGAUUAAUUUACAACAGACAUUUCAAGUCUGUCAAAUACAAAUGAAUGGGUUUUUAUUUGAUUAAUUAUCUCAAAACAUCUUUGUUGAUCAGAGUCAUCAUCACCAACUGUAUAAUGCUACAUGUUUUCGUUUUCUCAGAAUGCUGAUAUUUGAUUAAUUAUUACAAUCGUAUGAUAUUUAUUUUUUUUUAGUAGCCUGUGAUUUAAUUAAUUUAUUUAUGAUGAGCGAGAGUGAUUUUUCUCUUGUUUUCAGUAGCUGUUAAAAGAUUGAUAAUAACAAAUGAAUUAUUAGUACACUGUAUUAUUUGUGUCGACCAAUAUUUGACUGAUUGUCUCAUGUAAAUGUACUCAUUGAAAACGAUCUGGACUGUUUGUUGCAGGUACAGUGUAGUUGGGGGGAGGGGUGUCUGCUUGGGGGUUUUCCAUGUUAUUUUAUUAAAGGUAGAUUUCUAAUUAAAAGCUAGGAAAUAAUAUCCAAAUCUUGCUUUUAUAUUUCAGACAGUUUUGAACUACCGUAUAAGAAAUUAUAACAAAAUAUUGGUGCUCGCGAUUUGAUACUAAACAGUGGAGUCGCAGAAUUAAGUACUUGCGUAAAAUAAGGAAUUUACAGUAUAUUACAAGGAGGUUUAAUCAAUGUAAACUCAGUCAAGUUGUAGAUGUUUUUUAUGUUUUAAAACAUAUUAUUGGUGGGUCUCUCUCUCUCUCUCUCUCUCUCUCUCUCUCUCUCUCUCUGUGCACUUAAAUAAAUGUAGAUAAAUCCACGUAAGCACAAGCAGGACAUUUUGAUUGUUUUGUACUAAAUUGAAAUAUUUUUUACAUUUAUUUAUAUUUUCUUUCAUAUCUGGUUGGACAGAUAAAAUAAAUAUCCAGUUCUAAUAGGAUUAUCCAUCUAUUUGGCAUAAAGCUAUUUCUAUCUCAGAAAUUUUAAAGAUAUUUUACUGAUAUUCAUUUGACACAUUUAUUAAUGAGCACAUGUGUAGGUAAAAUGAACAUUUUUAAAUUUAGUCAUAACUAAACCCUUAAAGUGCAACCCUGUCAUAAAGGCUGUACGUGUCUUGAUGAUAAAGAAUGUCCAAAAAUUGCCACGUCUUUCUGUCUAUCUAUCUAAAGAUAGUGGGGUUUUUUUUUUCAAUGAUGUAUGUGUCUCCACUGAGAAAUACAAAUUUAUUGAAUGUUAUUUUUUUUUAAUACCAAAAAAGGCCAUUUUCCUUGUUUCACCCUUACUAUUUAUUAUCGCAUUCUAUUAUUUCCAUGAUGAUGUGAUCAUUGUGAUGUCUGUCCCUGGUUAUUUGAGAUUUCCUUUCUCGGCAGAGCUGUUUUUCAAUACUUAUUAUGAUGGUUGCAUGUUACAAUGCCGAAUUAAUUGUGCUGUCAAUGUUCUUGGUAUGAAAUGGAAUCGCUAGCUAUCAGUUUUCAAUUUCUCAUUAAUAUUUGUAUACGACGAAACUUGAGAAAUGCAACAGUAUAUAUCAAUUUUCUUCUAACCUACAAAAUAUUGAUUAUCUUAAAUACAGGUAUUUUAUUUUUUCCCUUUUACUCAUCAGCUAAAGACAGUACUGUAAAUAGAAGACUUUUAUUUUUAAUUUACCUAUAAAAGUACAUAUGUAAUAUACGUGUAAUAUGUAAUGUAGAGUUUUUUUUGAAAGUCUUCUAUGUAAACAAUGUUACAUGAACUUUGUAAAAGGUGAAUUUUAUCAAUGCAAUUUUUGUCUGUAGAAUAUUAUACCAGUGAUAUGGUUGUAAAAUACUGAUCGAAUCAAGAUAACACAUGGGCUUGCAUCAAAAAUAAGUAUAGGUAAGCAGUACUUGUACAGAUUUUAAAAGUGAAACCCAUCAAAUUUCAAGAUUAUUUGAUAUGAAAGUCGAUUUUAACAUUGAAUGGUUCACUAUUUUUGUACAUGUACAUGUAUUUAAAAGUGCCUACAAAAUUUUUGAUUACUUUUCAGUGUAAUAAACAUAUAGAUUAGAAUUAAAAAUAUUUCAAGAACAUAUUUGGCAUACUGUUAACAAUCCUGCAUCAAAAGAACAAUUGUUAUUCAGAAUAUCUUUCUUACUCUGUAUCCAUGGGGGGGGGGGGGGGGGGAGAGAGGAUGAUUUUAAUAAAAGUAGAUCUUAUUUUUUAAACUAUAUAAAUAGUACAAGACACUACAUGCAUUUUGAAAGAAAAGUUUUAAGCAUUUUUUAAAAAUGCUUGUACACGAAUAUGCCAAAUAUAGAUUCCAUCAAAUUUACUUGUCAUUGAAAUCAUGUAGUAUAGCUUACACUGUUGGAAUUUUCAAUUCAUUUUAAGUGCUCUUGGGCAUCAUUUUGAUCGCAGAAUAAUGAACAUUGGGUAUUUUAUUUCUGAUUAUUUAGUACCAAGAACAGUAUUUUAUAAGCAUUGCUAGCUAGGCCUUAUUUGUCAAAUUCUAUUUUCGUUUAUUUUGACUAGACAGGGAUUUUGUUUUUUUACUGUGAGUUUAGAUCUUGAAGAGACAUGCCAGACAUAAACUAUAUUAAUAUAUGUGGACAGUUAUAAAAACAGAAUCUACUGAGUGUUGUUUUUCAUGAUACAGAAUUUGAUUCGUCGCUAGACUUGUAAUUAUUUUUUGGGGCUUUGCUGUAUUAACGAGUAUAUCAUAUUAUUCUUCUACCGUAGAUAUUUUUAUAGGAGCCGAGUUCAUUAAAGAUUCCCUCUGAUCACAUUCACCCGUUAUUUACCAGUGUCAACCGCCGAUACAUUCAUAUUUCACUUAUAUUUCCAAUUAUUGUUUUCUCUUCUUUCUCUGAUUUUAUUUUUUGUAAAGGAUGUCUGACUCUUGUUGUGAUGAUACAGACAAGUCUGUAAAUGAGAUUGUUCAAUAAAUGACCAUAUUUAUUUAAUAAUAA